AAAAAAAAAACGUUUUUUUUUUAAAUUAAUAUUUCUAAAGAUUACUUUUAUUUGAUGUUCCAUUCGGUUUACAAGAUACUAUUAAAAAUGAUGAUUUACAUAAUAAAACAGCACAUGCACUAUUUUUAUUUAAUGAUCAACAAAGAUCUCCAAUUAAUGCUCUAGCAUUAGAUCAAAGAAUACAAUCAUUUGAAACAAAUCGUUUAUCGGCACCACAAUUUUGGCAGUUGGGAUCAAAACGAAAAAGUGAUGAUAUUGGCCUUGUUCAUGAUAAUCAAUUAUCAAAAGAAGCUGUUUUAACUAUGAUUAUGUUACUUGGUGGAACACCAGUUAUACUUUAUGGAGAAGAAAUUGGUCUUAAUCAAAAAUCUUUUCCUUUAAUGCCAUGGACAUCUGAUGGUCCAUACGGAGGAUUUUCUUCAUGUUCACGAGAAAAUUGUUCCAAUGUUUUAUCAUCCUAUCAAGUUAAUCUUCAACAAACAAGUGUUAAACGUCAAGAAGCAUUAGGAGGUGAAUCAAAAGAUUCAUUAUUAAAUGUUUUUCGUCGUUUAUCAAAAUUACGUCGACAAGAAUCAUUUCAAUUUGGUUUAUUAGAAUCAGGUUAUGAUAUAAAAACAAAUACAUGUUGGUUUAUUCGAGAAGCAUCUGGUCAUCGAGGAUAUGUCGUAAGAUUUUUCUUUAAAAUAAACUUUUGUUUUUUUUUU